CCUUGUGUUUUAGGGGAAAGCGGAAGUUUUUGUAGUAGUGGUCUAUUGGUCUUUCUUGGCGCGCGCACACAAGCUCUUAACCCCAGGCCAAGAUGUCCUGGAUGUUAAUGAGAGGCUCUGCUUGGAGAUUUUUGCAGUCUGCUCAAUAUCAAAGAAGUGACAACACAUCACAGAUUUCUUCCCCUAAUAUAUUUUUCAAUUCAGAACUGAAUGAAACAUUCUCAGGAGAUGACUCGUCUUCAUCUAUUGAGGAGGAUAUGGAUUCUGCAGUUUUAUUUGGAUCCCUGAGAGGGAAUGUUGUUGGCUUACGCUAUUAUACAGGAGUGGUGAACAAUAAUGAAAUGGUAGCACUUCAGAGGGAGCCCAGCAAUCAAUAUGAUAAAAAUGCAGUCAAAGUAAAUAAUGUCAAUGGGGAACAAGUUGGUCACAUCAAGAAGGAACUGGCAGCCGCUUUGGCCUACAUUAUGGAUACAAAGUUAGCAAAGGUUGAAGGUGUUGUACCUUAUGGAGCUCACAAUGCCUUUACUAUGCCAGUACAACUGAGUUUCUGGGGAAGAGAAGAAAACAAGCAAACCGUGUUAGACCACAUGCUGUUUCAUGGAUUUAAGCUUGCUCCCCUAAAGAGUUCUCCAUCUAAAUUUAACCUCAUAUCUGGGAGGGCUGGGCCAAGUUAUGCCGCCCCAAUACUUCCCGCUGUGCAAAUGACAACAGAGCAGUUAAAGACUGAGUUUGAUAAAUUAUUUGAAGAUAUGAAAGAGGAUGACAAAACUCGAGAGAUGGAACCAUCAGAGGCAAUGGGAACAGAGUUACUUCCUCACCAAAAGCAAGCAUUGGCUUGGAUGGUUUCACGUGAAAAUAACAAAGAUUUGCCACCGUUUUGGGAAGAAAGAAAUAACUUUUUUUAUAACACACUUACUAAUUUUGCUGAAAAAGAGAGGCCAGAAAAUAUCAGAGGUGGAAUUUUGGCAGAUGAUAUGGGCUUGGGCAAAACACUCUCUACCAUUGCUUUAAUUCUUACGAACUUCCAUGAUGGUCAACCUUUUCCAACUAUGAAAAUAAAAAGAAAACUGGGAAAGGAGGAAAGUGCUUUGGUUGAUAAUUCUACAGAAAGGAAGAAGUCAACAAAUCAGCAUUCCCAUAGACAGGGCAAAGAUGCAGCCAAGAAUAAAGAAAGGAAAGUCACCACAAGUGUAAGCAACAAAGUAGAAGCUUAUCCUUCAGAAGUGUUGAGCAAUUACCCUAAAAGGCAACAAGCCAGAAAAGUAAAAUAUACCUGCAGCAGUGAUUCUGAAGAAACUGAGGAGUGUCUUCCACGAAAAGUGAAAGUUUCUGCAGCCCCGUCAUGCAAUCUCAUGGAGGAUUCUCAGUUUGCUUUUGCCCUAUCUGGGUUACCUACUGAAACAAAGAAAAAGUCUAAGAAAAAAGGUAGUUCCAAUUUAUAUAGUAAUUCAAAUUGUCAUUCAGUAGCUGUUUCAGAAGGGCUCCCAAGAACAUCUUUGGUCAUCUGUCCAUUAUCUGUACUGAGCAACUGGGUUGAUCAGCUUGAACAACAUGUGAAACCAGAGGCAAAUUUGAAUACAUAUGUUUACUAUGGUCCUGGACGCAGCAAAGACCCAGCUGUCCUUUCUGCACAAGAUGUGGUGCUUACUACAUACAGUGUUGUUACUUCUGACUAUGGUAGUAAGGCUAGAAGUCCACUACACAGCAUAAAGUGGCUGCGGGUUGUGUUGGAUGAAGGACACACAAUUCGAAAUCCAAAUGCACAGCAGACAAAAGCUGUCCUUAGCUUAAAAGCAGAAAGAAGAUGGGUACUAACAGGUACUCCCAUUCAGAACUCUUUAAAGGACUUGUGGUCACUUCUAUCUUUCUUAAAACUGAAGCCAUUCACUGACAGAGAGUGGUGGCACAGAACCAUACAGAGACCAGUUACCAUGGGUGACCAAGGUGGACUUCGACGUUUACAAUCUCUCAUUAAAAGUAUUACGCUGAGGAGAACCAAAACAAGUAAAAUCAAAGGAAAACUUGUGCUGGAACUGCCUGACCGAAAAGUUUUUGUUCAGCACAUUAAACUCUCAGAAGAAGAAAGACAAAUAUAUGAAUCUGUGAAGAAAGAAGGGAAAGCUGUUAUCAGCAGGUACUUUAAUGAAGGAAGUGUGCUCACACAUUAUGCAGAUGUUCUUGCUGUAUUGGUCAGAUUAAGGCAACUUUGCUGUCACCCCCAUCUUGUAUCAAAUAACUUCUCUUUAAUUACAUCUACAGCCAGUUCUACACCAGAAGAGUUACGUGAGAAACUGAUGAAUAAAAUAAAAUUAGUUCUGACCUCUGGCUCAGAUGAAGAAUGUGCUAUUUGCUUGGAUUCUCUAAAUAUGCCCGUAAUAACACAUUGUGCACACGUGUUUUGCAAACCAUGCAUUUGCCAGGUUAUUCACAGUGAACAGCCAUAUGCCAAGUGCCCCCUGUGCAGAGGAGACAUAUGCCUAGAACAUUUGGUGGAGUGUCCUCAGGAAGAGUUUAACUUGGAUCAGACACAAGACAAAAAGUGGAUGUCGAGUUCAAAGAUAAACGCUCUCAUGCAUGCGUUGAUAGGCCAACGAACCAAGGAUCCACGUACAAAAAGUAUAAUCGUAUCUCAAUUCACUGCUUUCUUGACUUUGAUUGAAACAGCUCUUAGAGAGUCUGGCUUCACGUUUACACGCUUGGACGGUUCAAUGACACAGAAAAAAAGAAUAGAAGCAAUUCAGUGUUUCCAAAGUGAUGAUGCAGAAUCUCCAACCAUAAUGCUUCUGUCACUGAAAGCAGGAGGAGUUGGUCUAAACCUGACAGCAGCUUCACGAGUAUUUUUAAUGGAUCCUGCAUGGAAUCCUGCUGCAGAAGAGCAGUGCUUUGAUCGGUGUCACAGACUUGGUCAGAAGAAAGAAGUCAUUAUUACCAAGUGUCUGCUUGCUAUUAGGAUCCACUGGCUUUCCUUGUCUACCCCAUGAACAAACCAUCGGACUUCCAGCAUCUACCUGCAGAAGAACACUGGAUAAGCACCCCUACUGCAAAUGGACUAUGGUAUUGAAGCAGAGUGUCUGAGGAAGGUGGAGCUCCAAGAGGACAAGGACUAUUCUUAAAGUGAUCAGAGGCCACCCAGAGACACUUGUGCUUUUCCCAUGUCAUGCUUCACUGUGGAAAAUGUACAGAGCAAGAAACUGUCGGAAAUAUUGGGGGGUGCUAGCAAUGCAGGUGGAGAAAUAAAGAUGCAGCGUUGUUGAGGGGCCACACCUAUGUGCAGUGACAAAUUGUGCCCUAUUGGCCUAUAAAAUUACAGCAGUAAAUGUGAAUACAUUUCUCUACAGUAUUCUCACAUAGAUUCAUGUUAUACUGAAGAAUUAGGCUUAUAUUGUUAUUAAAGGAUUUACUAAUUUUCUGUGCUUUUCUAUUUUAUGUUAUUCUGUUAGAAUAAAAGGGUGGUAUGUUAGCCUUACCGACGCCAUCUUGUUCUUAGUUGCCAUUUUGUCUUAGGCAUCCAUCUUGACUAAGAAGUGUUUAUUAUGUAGUAAGAAAUAUGUUGAUGUUAGUGAGACUUGCAUAGCUAGAAUGGCCCUGACGAUGUGCUUGGAUGCACUGUUAUCUCUACAAGAUGUCAAACGGCCUUGAUUUGUGCUGGGCUAUGUAGCUCAGAUUUACUGUUAUCUGAAGUUAGGUAUUUCUGUAGAAUUGACUCCCUAACACUCCUUUUCUACCAAUUAUAUUUUAAAUGAGCUUCUUUUUUCUUGCAGAAAUAAUAUGUAAGAUCAUGAAGUUAUGAACAUGUCACAGUGUUAACCCUCUAUGCUGUAACCACUGCCUAUAAAAAGUGUUGUUUGUCUUCUAAUAAACAGAACAGAUGUUAGACUGA